AGAACAAUUCAGCGCAGCACAACAUCCACGAAAGGAAAUCAGCAAGACUGUCGAAACAAGGCCCGCUCGUAUCAAACAACAGACUUCUGCAUCAUUCCCCCAGCUUGCGUCGCCCAUUGCCCGUCUUUCAAGGUCAUUUCCCGAUCCAUUCCUAAGAGAAUCCCAAUUGUUGGUAUGUAACUACUUCUACUGGGAUGACUGGAUAAUCCCCACAUUGCUCAACCAAAGCUUACCUUUUGUUCUUUAGCGGCAAUGUCUGCAAGUCUUCUCAGUGUUGGAGAACUUCGACGUGCUGUGAGCACCCUCACGCAGUUUCUCCAACAGAACUACGUAACAUUUGGUAUCAUCGGGGGCGCUGGCUGCUCCUUGAUCUUCGUCCAGUACCAGAAGCCGUAUCGCGGUACCCGGGAUAUCGACGUGGUCAUUCAAGCCGAUCCGGCUAGGGGGAUUGACGCUGAUCGCAUUUCGCAAAUGCUGUACACCAACCAUUCUCAGCAAUUUGUCAAAAAGGACGCCGGGGAUGGCGUAUUUCUGCCAGCAGUACGUAUUACUGAAGACAAUGGUCACGAAGAGCUUGUAGAAAUCGAGAUAUUUGAUUUUCAGAAUUGGUCAAAUCGCCCCCAAUACGACCUCUCCAGGCCAGACAAUGACCGAAUCAAUUUGACCGUGGAGCAAGCGACGGUUGCAGUCCUUAGUCCUCGUUGGCUGUUGAGAGAAAAGAUCCUCUCCCAGCACCAGCGACAGGGGAACCCGAAGGAACAGACCGACCUCAGCGAUAUCAGGAUCCUCCUCGGGUUGGUUUAAGCGAAGUGCUUGACUUUCAGUGGCCAAGAACAGACCGCAGCCUUGACGACCCUGCUGAGCAAACACCCGGAACUGAGGGAAGCACUGAAUACUGCCAUUGAGUGUCCUGAAGUGUUCAGUCCUUGGCAAUGGUCUGAGGAGCAUAGGAGAUAUUACCGUUAUGACCGGAACGGCAAGGUUGAGUGGGCAGCAUCCUGGGAAGCGCUGUCGAUUAGAUGUGGC